AUGGACAGCACGUACACAGUGAACUCGACUCCGGUCCAAAAUCAAUCCACCUUUGGAUACUUUGCCGAUUCCACAUCGCAGCAAGGCCACUAUGGAAGUCAACCUCAGGACAUGUCGUACUUUGGACAGAUGCAGUACUCUGGCCAGCAAUGCACGGAGCCCCAGCCAAUCUACUCAACACAGCCCGUUAUGAAUAUGCAUCAGAUGGCCACCACCAAUGCCUUCCGCGGUGCUGCGGGCUUGAGCUUGAGUCCCAUUGCCUCGCCUCAGCCCUCCCAGAUCAAGCCGGCCAUUUUUGUGCAGCAGGGCUCUCCUGCAUUGAUGCCCAUCGACACCCGAUUCAUCAAUGGGGAAAUGUACACCUUCCCCUCCACGCCACCUCUUUCGACCUCGGGGAGCUCCGUCAGCAGUCCCCCCUCUGCCAAUGGCAGCUUGAACACCCCCGUCCAUGAGAGCUUCUUCUGCUUCGACAAGGUCGAGGGCGUCAAGGAGGGUUGUGAGACCGAUGUGCAUACCGAGCUCCUGGCUAGUUCAGAUUGGUCUCGCUGUGAUUCCCCGCCCAUGACACCUGUGUUCAUCCAUCCCCCAUCACUCGUCGCCAGCCAGACAGAUUUGCUGUCGGCGACAUCUUGCCCUUCGCUUUCUCCAUCUCCUUCUCCUGUUCCCUCCGAAUUCUUCUCUCACUCUCAGGCGUUGACCGUCGACUCCGUGAGCUCCAUCACCUCCAACUUCUGUGACCCUCGCCAGCUCACUGUCGAGCCCUCAGUGAACGUCCAUGCUCCUCAGGAUCUGCCCCCUCUCCCAACUUUGACCUGCGACGAAGAGACUCCCCGUGCGGUCCUGGGCAGUGCCUCCGUCACCUUGCCCGUCAACGAGAACCCAUCUCCAUCAUUCACCGCUUCCACUGAAGACCCGCUCGGUUCUCUGCCCGGCUUUGAUAGCUUUUCUGACUUAGAUUCCGAUGAUGAGCUGAACCGAUUGGUGGAGUUCCCCCCAGCCACCAAUGCCGCCUACCUCGGUGGUAAGCGCCAGCGACUGGGUCAGUACAUGAUCGAGGAUGAUGGGUUUUUGAGUGAGCACAGCCUGGAGGACUCCGACGACCACGACGGUUUUGGGCCCAAUGGUCUUCCCGCGUUCGAGUGGUCCGAGUCUCACUUGCACCAAAUCGACGAAAUUGAUGAGACUGCUCAACCCGAGGCCAAGCCGAAGACGCGCGGCAGUCGCAAGAGUUCUCGCAAGAACUCCGAUGUGGAAAUGGAAGACGAGCCUGCCAAGCCCAUUGCUCGCCUGCACUCCGAGUGCAGUGGCCCAUCUGUAGGCUCUCCUUGCACUGACUCCGAAGCCGCCCCAGUCUCCGUUAACCGUCGCGGCCGCAAGCAGUCGUUGACGGAUGACCCAUCCAAGACCUUCGUCUGCACCUUGUGCUCCCGCCGCUUCCGCCGCCAAGAGCACCUCAAGCGCCAUUAUCGUUCCCUGCACACCCAAGACAAGCCUUUCGAGUGCAAUGAGUGCGGCAAGAAGUUUUCUCGCAGCGACAACCUCGCACAGCAUGCUCGUACCCAUGGCGGCGGCUCCAUCGUGAUGGGUGUCCUGGACCCAUCCGAGGCUGCGAUGUCAUUUGAUGACCAGCGCGACGCCGGUGCUUUGGGUCAAGUCAUGUAUGAGGCUGCCCAGCCCACCGAGUUCGAGGAAUCGUCUGGCACAGACCGUCGCGCGCUCAAGAAGCGCAAGCGUGACUGA